AGAGGGGAGGGAGCUGAUCAGCUGGGCCAGCCUCUAUAUAAAGUGACGAGUUGAUUCUUCAGCUGUUAGUGUUGUUCUUGCUACUGAACAUCAUCAGCUUCAUUAUCUGCUGUUUACUGAAGACCAAGUUUUCCUGAGACGCUUCUGCUUUGAAUCAAGAGACAUGGAUUUAAUCAUCACUAUGCUGAACGGGAAGACCGUCACACUGAGGGUGGACCCCCAGGACACGGUGGGCAGCCUGAAACAGGUCCUCCAGCAGAAAAUGGAGGUGCCCGUUCAGAGGCAGAGGCUGGUGUUCGACAACGGCCAGCGGACUGACCUGAGCGACGACCUGCGGACCGUGGGCUCCUACGGGCUGCAUGCCGGCUCCAGGCUGUCUCUGCUGGUGAUCGAGCCGAGCCCGCCGAGCCCGCCGGCCACCUUCCAGGUGUUCCUGAAGAAUGAGAAGAACGUGGUGACCACCUACGACAUCACAAGCGACGAGACCGUGAGCGACUUCAAGCGCAGGGUCCAGUGCAGGGAGGGAGUGGCGGAGACUCAGCAGAGGCUGGUGUACCAGAGCAGGGAGAUGACCGCCGGCAAACUGUCCGACUACAACGUGCAGGGCCUGAGCACCAUCGAACUGUUAAUGCGUCUGAGAGGAGGAAACUGAUCAUCAUCUGAUCAUCACAGAGCCUUAAACACAGUGCUUCCGAUUUGUUUUAUACUUUAACAACACAUUCCAACUUCUACAGGAGAAUCCAUACAUUCUUUUUUGGGGGGAAAUUGAGGAAAAUGUUAAACCAGAAGCCUAAAUAGAUUCAAGCUCUCCAGCGAGUUUGUUACAAAUAUGUUUUGAACUUUUUCUGACAUCCUGCUGUGAUCCUAUGUGAUUUUUAUGUCUUGGCUUAAAGGUCAAGACUGUAAGAUUUGGGUUAGAGGGAUCUACUGCCAAAAAUGUUGUUUAAAAAUAAUCAUAAUGAUGUUUUCAUAAGACCUGAAUGUAUGAAGAGUUCAUGAUAAUUGGAAGUGUAGCUAAAAACUGAAACUUUAAUUUAUUAUUUUCCUUGUGACAAUUUAAUUUUGUGCUAAAUGUUCUGUAUUUGUUCAGUUCAUUAAGAAGCCUGUUGUAAAUAUUUUUAAUAAAGUGAGUUUCAAUGUGAA